AUGUUUCGUAAUAGCGUGGAAAGCAUGACAGCGAAGGAUAAACGAUGCUACGGGUUGGUAAGUGAGCAGUGUCCAUCGGCGACUGUCGGUUGUCGUAUAAAAGUUCGAGCUGAUCACAUUGAAUGGUAUGAAUGGUCGAAGCUCUACGAUCGAAAUCAACUCGUUUGCAUCUAUCCUGGCGAGUACCGUGACACAGCUGAAAGGACCACCACCACCACAACCACUACCACUAUCACUACCACUUCCACUACGGCGCCGCCAUUGACCACGAAGGUCACCUAUGGGAGAAGUCACAUGCUGGACAGGGCAACGACGUUCGCUCCGGAAUCGACUACCAUGUUGUCGACGACGACCGUCGAGACGAUUGAAAACGACUUGGAGCCGAAAGAAUUCUUUUCGUCUACCGCCGUCUCACAAUUCGGAAAAGAAUUCGAAGAGACUCGACGGAAAUUACUGGAAGAAAUGCGAGAAGAAGACGAAAGAUUACAGCAAUUGUUAGCAGAUGAAGAAGCCGAGAUGCUAAGCGACGAUGUAGAUAGUGCGGAAGAACGUGAAGAGCAGAGACGAAAGGAACGAGAACGUAACCGUAUGGAAAGGCGAGAAAGAGCACGCGCUGAUGAACGACGUCGAUUGACGGAAGAAGAGGAAUUGCGAAAGCAUGAGAAAUCACAAAAGCACAAAGAAGUCCUACAUAGUGAUGAAAACUCAGAUAGGAAUGAUGAGAGCAAGCAAUCUAUAGCAUCACUAUGGACUUCUGUUAUCUCGUCGAUUAUUACAAUAUCAUUCGUGAUGUUCAGACUGUAA